GUCAGCUGUGUGUAAGGGAUAAGACGUUCUACGCUCGUGACGUCAUCAUCUUUGAAGGAAUCGGCUUUUUUCUCGUAACAUCUCCACAGUAAGGGGGGGAGAGGUUUGCUGCAAGAGGAUCGUCCUUCCUCGGUAACCUGAAGCACCUGCUGGUAUACCUCAUGGGAUCGCCCAUCGGCCUGAAGCUGAACCACGCAUUCAACAACUCGCUGGGCAUGUUCUUUUUUUAUCACAUCAACCUGUGGCGAAUUUUCCUACAAGCGACUCGGCCUCUGCUAAACGAGUAUUUCCUGUUUUUGGUGUUGCCGGCCGUUCUGGGAGUGUCCUUCCAAUUCGCCAUGCUGAUAGACAUUGUUUCGAUGAUGACGUUCCACGUUUACUGUAUCUACGUUUACGCCGCCAGGCUAUUUUCGCUGCAAGUGAAAGGACUAGUGUCCUUGUGGCGAUUGUUUAUCGGUAGGAAACACAACCCGCUCAGAAAUCGCGUCGACUCUUGCGAAUACUCUCCCAACCAGUUGUUCAUCGGGACGUUGGGUUUCACGAUUUUGUUGUUUCUCCUGCCCACUACCACCAUGUAUUAUAUCGUGUUCGCCACCUUUCGAAUGACCACGCUGCUGUUCAACAACUUGCUCGCUAGUCUGAAGAAUUUCUUCAAUGCUCUACCGCUGUACGUGAUUUUUCUCUGGAUAUGCAACUCGCCCAGCGUUGCAGGAAGUCUUUACAUUAAAUGGAACGAUUGCGACGGCAAAAACAUUCAAAUCGAGGCGAAGCUUAGCUCCUUAUCGUUGACAAAAAGUCUACAAAAGUUCAAGCCAGGACCGAAAAAAUCCGCACCGAGGACACCGCUGGGAAAUAUAGUUCGACAUUUUUUUACCGGCACUUUGGUUUAAAAAUAUUCGUUGAAUUUUUUUAAUCGUAAUCGCUUAAGGAUUUUAAUAAUGUAUUUUUCGUUUUGUACUAAAAUGAUUAUGUCACAAAUGAUGCGGUAUUUUUUUUCUCAAAUAAAUACAUAA